GGUCAUCCGAAACACAACAAUCGAGGGGUAUGAAUUCGAGUAUGUAACAACACCACACCGUAUCCGGUCGCCACUUUUAUGGCUUUCGAUCACGCACAUACCUACACAUAAGCCCAUAUCGACGGACAGAUCAAAUAAUCAAAAAUCAACCUGUUUGUUUGUGGCUCUUGUUUUUAUUUCGGCAGUAUUUGAUUUGGUAAUCUCCGUCUGUUUGAUGCCCUGAGGCAUCACAUCGGAUAGGCCAUCGCAACUUGUUUGGGGUGUGGUGUGACGAGGCGAGAUCAUGAUAGGGUUAACCCCCCCGAGGUGCGGAUGAGGAGGUAAUCAAUCGGAUCGCGGAUGGUUUAUGGUUUGCGAAAAUUUGAUUGCAAUUUUAUGACGUGCGUGAAAUAUGAGUGUUUUGAAAGUGGAACAGAUUGUCAUUGUGAUAAACGUUGUUACCGAAACGGCCGAAAGUGUGGAGACUAAAUUUGAUUUCUACGAGUUAUAGAGUUGACAUUUAAAUCUGAAUUUGAGCUAUCCGCUUGGCUAUCCGUGAACAUAGUUGACUAAGUUGACAGUCUCUGAAGGUCAAGUCUAUAAUAAUACCUAGAUCAAUAUUUUUUUUUCAUCUGUAUUAACGAGAUUUUUAGAAAUAAAAAGAAAAUCGGGUUAAGUACGGUUCCUUUGAAUUCCACUAAGAAUUUGUAUCCUUUGACAGAUACGUAUUUCGACCUCAACUAUAAGGUCGUCUUCAGUGUCUUGUACUUGACUCGACUGAGAUUUUUAGUCCUAGACCAGUUCAUCUCGGGACCCACGCUUUACUUCCCUUCCGAAGGAAGAAUUGAGUUUGUUGGGAGUGGGAUUCAAUCCCAGGUCCUCGGCGUGAUAGUCAAGUGUACUAACCAUCACACCAGGUCCGCUUCAAGAUCAAUAUGAUUCGAACUAUUCAGAUUUAAGUUGCACCAUUUGUUCGGCAAUUGGAUGACCAAUUCCAGAGUGACAACUGUUGAUGAUGAUGGGAAAUGCAAUUGAAGUGGCAACUGGUUAGCUACUUUAAUUUACCAACUUUUUUCGGCUAUAGGAUCAGCUGUUAAAGUGGCUCGAUAUUCAAAAAUUCUACCAGUCUGACCUACAAGUCCACAAUAAAACCCGAAACAAUAUAAUUUCGGUUGCGCCACUUUUUUGGCAUUUGGAUUUGGCGUUGCCAAUUUCAGUGGCAACUAUUUUUGGUAGUAGGAUUGGCAAAUGAAGUGCCCAUUGGAUAUCUACUUCAAUUUGAUGACUGUUUUGGCUAUUGAAUCGCCACUUGAAGUGGCAACUGUUUUGAUCAUGAGAGUGCCAACUGCAGUUGCAAUUGGAUUUAUUUCGGAUUUUAUUUUUGCAACUGUCGUUUGGACUGUGGUUGAAUACUCAGAAAUCAGUAGUGUGUGGAAACUCAACAGUUAUCUGCCCUUUUGAUUGGUUCUGUUUAGUUUCAAUUGGCAGGCAUUUUAGUCUGACGUUCAAAUCCACAAUUAGAUCAGGUCAUCCAAUAUGAUUUGAACAUUCCAGGUUUAAGCCGCACCAUUCGUUUGACAAUUGGAUAGUCAACUUUAAAGGCAACUGUUUUGGCAAUGGAAUUGGCAGUUGGAGUGACAAUCGGAUAGCCACCUUAAUAUGACAGCUGUUUUGACAACUGGAUCAGCAAUUAAAGUGGCAACUGCUUUGGCAAUCGGAUUGGCAAUUGAAGUGGCGACUGGAUGACUACUUCAGUUUGAUUACUAUUUCGGUCAAUUCAAGUGGGAAAUGGUUUGGCAACAGCUAUGGCAAUUGGAAUGAUAUAAUUUUGACACAUGGUUUAGCCAAAUGUAUUGACAUUUGUAUCAGUCAUUGGUUUGGCAUUUGAUUUGUCUUCUAGAGUGGCAUUGGUUCUGGUUCAGGUUUUACGUGGUUUGAAUGGGCCUCAAAAUUGGAUUGCGUUUAGGUUGACGCUUGAUUUGUUCGAGGUAGUUGUGGAUGUUCUUCAUAUUGAUAUUUCGAUUCAAACUGUGACACUUUAAUAUGGCAACUGAUAAGGCUAUCGGAUCAGCAGUUGAACUGGCAACUGUUUAAACGGAAAAUGGGAAUGGCCAUUGUAUAGCUGCUUUAGUUUGGCUUUUGGAUCAGCUGAAAAGAUAGUUUUAAAUUUAAGUUUCUAGUAGAUCCCAAGUCUUAUCUGCAAGUCGACAGUAAAACAUAUCAAUAUGAAUUGAAAUUUUAAAACUUGAGUAGCGCCAUUUGUUCGGCAACUGGAUAGAAAGUUUAAGUUUUUCAGUGAUUGCAAUAGCUUUUAGAGUGGCAAUUAGAUAUGGCCACUUUAAUUUGGCAACUGUGUAACAUUAAUUCUUGAAUAUGAUUUAAAUCUGGAUGUACGGGAAAUAAAAUUAACAGUGUAAUGCUUAUGAUACACUUUGACCUCUUUUGCAACAUGCGCGCCAUCUCUUGCCCUUUCUGAGACACCUGAAGCUUUUGCAUAAAAAAGUAUCGAUAGUUUGUCUCGCAAGUUUCCGUGAGUGCCUCCAUGGAUCUCAUAACUGACCACAAAAAGUAUUUCAAAAAAUCCCUAAUUGAACUAAUCCUAGAGGCUAGCCAAAUAUCCGCUACCUGCUUGUAUAACACAAUACAAGCAAAGGUAGAAUGAGAUCGAUAGCUUAGAAACGUUUAAGGCAAAAUGAGAUGGGGUUGUUCGAAAUUGCGUUCGACAAAAAUAGGUACGCAAUAGGGGGGGUUUAUAAAAACUAAAUUUUCCGACCGACAUUUUAUUCUCGUGCGAUUCGUCAAGUUUUCUAAAUCGGUGAAAAUUUCAAAUUACCAGUUAGCCAAGUCAAAAGUGAUUUUGGGAAGACAAAAUUGUAAUAAUCAGUGAUCAAAACAGUUAAUUGAUUAUUUCACAAUCUUUGGUAAAAACCUAUUUUAAAUGAAAUCUAGUGGAAAACCUUUAACUUUUCUCGAAUAAUUUUCGUAGAUUAAGAUUAAGCCAGGACAGCCAUUUUGAAAAUCACUCUAAGUGUGACUAAAAUACCAGAUCAAAAGGGUGAUUCCCGCUGGUCAUCGCGGGUGUUUAUCCGGAGUCGCCGGCUUCUAGGAAAAUCAGUUCGUUGGCUCGAACCAGCCCUGCGACCGGACCACUCUCAUGCGAGCGCCCAUCAAUCGCGCAACAUCCGAAAGCUUUCCGCAACGUUUCUCGUCGCAGCAUCGGCAAGCUCAUCCCAUAAUUGUUGCCCAAAUCGUCUCACACCGAAACAUCGCACAAUCGGCAAGCGUUAGGCACAGAAGUUUGAAGAAGUGCCAUCUGCGGGUGAGUAGCCGAAACUGUGUUUACACGCAUAGCAAGCAAACGAACGGUGGAAACGGUUGCGUGUGGAUAGUUGUGUUGCGGAUCGACCCCUGCAUGUGGAGUGUGGAACCUCGCGAAACGAAAAAAAGUGCAUGCGCAUGCGAUUCAAGGUCACGUGAACGUUUGAAUCGACGUGAUAGGAUUGUUCAACAGAUCCUGGAAAGUCGAACGACGUGGGACCUGCUCGUCGGAAACUGUGAAUGGUUUGCAGCUAGAAAGGUCAGAUCUUUUUAUUGUACAUAUUUUUUUCUCGUUUUUUAGCUUGUAAGGACAAAUUAGAAUUAAGCUCAAAGAAUAUUGGUGACGUCACCUUCACGAAAGCUAGGCCUAUGUAAAUUGCGAAAACUUUUGAAUAAACUGGAAUUGAAAACUAUAGGCCCUCACCAAUUCGAAGGUUGACGAGUUAUGCGAUUUGAAUUUUCUUAUAAUAUUUCCUUUAUUUGUCUCAUUAAGCCUUAUUCGCAAAUUAACUUGCUGUUUAGGUAAAUUUUGAUAAAUUUGAUUGAGAGUUAAGUUAGUUCAGUUGGGUGAACUUUGAAGCCAACCUUGUGGUUAGCUAAAGUGAUCGGUGUUUGAGGGAAUAACCUACCCGCCCUAGAAAAGAGCCUCUGCCGGGCCACUAACAGCCUCAGUAGUCUCACGUUAAGUGAGUGGCGCUUAAACUACUGCAGGUCUCGUACCCUAAGCAUUCGUUACAUUUUGGCGCCCAACGUGGGGCCCGAAGGAUAUCCCGUGAGAUUUUUGAUUAGAUUAUCGAUAAUUUGGAUUGAACUUUAGUAUUAUUUGUGUAUAGAAACUUAGUUGAAUUCGUUGGAAAGAUUGGUUUAGUAAAUUAGAUUAUUAUUAUUAAAUUGAAAUUUUCUACUUGAAUUUGAUUGUGCUUCAGGUCUGUAGAACCUUAGUAACAAAUUGAAUAAAUAUUUGAAUUUUGAGUUUUUUUUUUCCCCUUUUGCCGUUAAAAUUACGAAAGUAGUAGGAUGGAUGGCUAUCGUAUUAAUGCGAAUGACCUCCUUGAAGAGGAGUUGGACUACGAACUGAGUAUUCGGUCCCAACCAACUAACGUACCGAUUGUUGCCAAGCGUCGUUCUCUCCGCAAAUGGCUAAGAGGCAACGAAGAUCCGAACUUUAUAUUGAAGUCUCGGUAUGAAUUAGCUCGGGAUUAUGUGACUAUACCCUACAAACUCGAAGAAAUCGAGGAUCAAAUAAUCAAUGGAAGGAGUGCAGGUUGCCUAUCGCGAUUGGUUCAUUAUCAUAAACGUGUUCGGCGUUACGUGGUUCAAACGGAGAAACAGAAGGAUCAACAGAGGAUGUUAUUGUAUGUGAUUACUCAAUUGGCAGUGAAAUAUUUUGCAGCGGAUUUUAGUGAAGUGAUGUGGAUGGUACCAACGUGCCAAAUUGUGCCAAUGUCGACUCAGCUACCGAUGGCUUCAACCACCAGUCAGGACCAGCAAUCGGUUGCGGGACCCAGUGGAGUGCAGCAGACAGUGGAGGCCCCCUCUGGAACAGUCGGUAGUGAGCCGCCUGGCAUCGUUUCGGAUGAUCGGGAAAUGGAGAGUGCCCCGUUGAGCAUUGCUGCUCCGGUCAACGAACAGUAUGAAGCAAGAGCGACCGAGGAAGAAGGAGCCGUUGGAGGCUUGUCCGUCACACAACCGCAUAACAAUCCGUUUAUUCCACCGGAUAACCUACCAACCUACCGUAGGUCUGAUUAUGUGGGCCAAAAUGCCGCAGUGGAGUCCAAUCGACGUCGGUCUGCUCCUGGAUUUCUGAGCAAUCCUACGGUUCAGUCCCUGAAGGAGCAGCCUCGGACCAGCAGUUCUCCAAUUGUGACUGAGGGACCAGCUCAGCCGACCCUCUCGGCUAGUUUCUUAGACAAGACGUUCUACACUCCUCCGUUUCAAACCAACCUUGCUCAACUACAUGUGGGUAGGCCGAUUCAUCCUGAUCAUCUGUCAGUAUCGCAACCCCUGCCGGAAAGGGAAUCGGUUAGACAGGCCGUUCAACCCCGAGUCGAGGGAGCAACCUCCUCGGUACCGAGUAACCCUGAAAGAAAUGACAGAAACAUGAGUGGAUAUGUUCAUGCGUCACAGAUUGAAAACUAUGUUAAAGCAUACCUGGACAGAUUGAUAGAGAGUGGUUCUCAACGUAUGACGCCCCCGGAUGUUGAUGUAAGCCGGUUGGCCGAUCGGAUUACUAAUAUUGAAUUUCGGGAUACUGAAGCUUUCCAGAUUUCUCGAGGUGAUAUGAGAGGAUUAAUCACGCCUGACCAAUCGCCUGUUGCACCAUUACAGUUGUCGUCGCAGAAUCGAGAAGAGCGGGUUCCAUUGAGCUCUGAUGUGGGAUGCAGACCAGCUCCGACAAAUAAUCGUCCUAUCUCACCGCGAGACCCAUAUUCUAUGCCUCGUCAAGGUAUCUCGCAUCAACCACGAGGAACAUUCCCGAACCCCUACGAUUCGUCAGUAGUUCCCAAUGCUCAAGGGUCAUCGGGGUAUGCACGACGUCAACCUCAUCAACAAUGUAACAUUAUUGAGAAGUGGCCAAAAUUUAGCGGCGAUAAUAAUGCUAUUCCAGUGACUGACUUUUUACGUCAGAUAGACAUUUUAUGCCGGUCAUAUGACAUAAGCAAGCCAGAGUUGAGAAUGCAUGCGCAUCUCUUGUUUAAGGAGAAUGCCUAUGUGUGGUACACGACCUAUGAGGAUCGCUUUCAGAAUUGGGAAACUUUGGAGAGUUACCUGAAAAUGCGGUACGAUAAUCCCAAUCGGGACCGUAUCGUAAAGGAGGAACUUCGAAACCGCAAGCAACGACCAAAUGAGCUGUUUAGCGCUUUUCUAGCCGACAUCGAGAUGCUCGUCCAGCGAUUGAACCAUAAAAUGACUGAAAGGGAGAAAUAUGAAUUGAUCAUAGAAAACAUGAAGAUUGGGUAUAAGCGCCGUUUAGCCUUGGAGCCGAUACAAUCGAUUGAGCACUUGGCACAAAUGUGUUACAAGUUUGAUGCUCUCGAGCCAAAUUUGUAUGCAAUAGGACUUCCAACGAAAGCGACGGUACAUCAACUUACCGCUGAUGACGAAGAAGAGGACAACUACGAUUCGGCGGAAAUGGAUCAGAUCUUUGCGUUACAGAAGCGGUUUAGCAAGUUCAAACGAGCUAAUAAGGAUGGCUUAGGAGAUUCAAAGGGAUCGUCGUCAGAGAACGGAUCACAGUUAGUCUGUUGGAACUGUAGGCAGACCGGACAUCUGUGGAAGGAGUGUAAUAAGAGAAAGGAGAUCUUUUGCCACAUUUGUGGACAUGGGGACACUACUGCGUUUAGAUGUCCAAAUCAACACAAUCUGAAGCCACGAGAAGACGAGGAACCAAAAAACGAAUAAGCGAGGAACGG